AUGGAUCUUUUUUCUCAAUACAGCCGUCUAGUUACGCUAUUCGAAUCCAAACAUUACAAGCCGGUCCCCGUCUGGGGGCGCAUACGCAAGCCGGGUGGCGAGGAUUUCUUCUUUUCUCAGACUAUCGGGACGGAGUCAACGAUACCGCAUUGUUUAUUACUGGAGAGGAAUUCUCUUGCACCAUUUGCAGAAUAUCCUCAGCUUGACGUUAAAUUACAAGAAGAGGAUGAACUGUCGCCGACCACUGACUUUUCUGCGGUUGAAGCUCCUGACACCAUCAUGCUUCUAGCAUUGUCUAGCCCGGGUGUCUGCUCGCACCCUGCAACUGCUCAUGGUGGUCUAAUAUCAACAAUUCUCGAUGAAGCCAUGGCUCAUAGUUUGGUCUCACGCUUCUCAACAAUACCGGGAAAGGUUGAGGAUGUAAGGCGAACGCUGCUGACAUCGCAGCUGGAAGUCGUAUUCAGGCGGCCGGUGCGAACUCCAGGAGUUCUGAUCGUCAAGUCAUGGUGUGUGGCCGGAAAAGGACGAAAGUUUUGGAUGAGGGCACAGGGGACACAAGUCGCUUCUUUGAAAGAAAAACUACAAGACUUGGACGAGGAAGUGAAGUGCGAAGCAUCUGGCUUGUGGAUAAAGAUCAACCCUAAGCUGUAA